CGCACCCAAAGCGAGAAUCAUACCCCUAGACCAACGAGCCACACAUACAUCAUUCCGCAUUUUAUAUUAAGAAAAGAAGACGACAAUGUCUCUUGUGGCAAGAGCACACCGCUAGUACGGAGAUAAAAGAGGUUUUACCAUACCUAACAAAAUGUUCAAAUAAUCUUUAUGUGCCAUUUUUUGGCAUUAAAUUAUUCGUAUUUUUAAAUUGAAUAAAAACAGAGGUACACUUGUAAUAAACAAACCACACACACAAAAAAAAUAGACAAACCAAUUAUAAUACUUGAGAUAACAGCAACAAUAUUUAAGACAAUAAUAAUAAUAAAUGUUAGAAAUUAUCCAUUGUGUCCAAAAAGGAGUAGGAUGAAGCAUUUGCUUAUUAAAACCUACCCCUAAAUGGCAAAUAAAUUGAACCCCCCUAAACAUAAACAUGCAUGCGAUUGACGUCCACUUUAAACUGGCUCGUCUUUUAGUGUCAUUUACGUGCUGGACUUCUAGUGGGGCUGGCAGCGAUUUCCUCCUUGUCAAAAUGAAUUGGACGUCUAUCGCCGUCAAUGGAACUGAAACGUGAUCCUUCAACGUAAAACAACCCAGUUGACAUGCAGUUAACAUAACAAAAUCUAAUCUCAAAGAGCAGCGGACGUGACGUCAGUUCCGGGUACAACACCGACGCGCGAGACAUGAAAAAAUGGCUAACUGGCUGCUCUCCACAAUUUAUGCGACUGGAAUGGAAUAAAACGUGACGUUUUUUGACUAAAGGCUCGCGUCAACAUGUCCCAGACCAACACUUCUCUCCUGGACGAGGUUGUUCAAUGGAGCCAGGAAACCUGUCGCAGGGAGCUCAAAGCUGUCCUGCCCAAACUUACCUCUUUACAUCAUCAGUCUGAAGGCUGGGAUGAUCACAUACGUGUACUGAAGAUAAUAACAGAGAUGUUCCUUCCUCACGUUGCUCUGUCAGAUCUGGAAAAUGAAUGCUUCUCCAAGAUCUUACCGAAGACAGUGACUAUGUUUGACAGUAUGAUGAAAGAACUUUCAAUCCAAGUUGGAGGCUUGUCCAGCCAAAAUAAAGAACUGUGCUCCUUACUGAGGAACAUUCUGAAGUCACUGAUGCAGAUAAUUGAUGCAAUGUCCGCGUGUGUGCGUCACGUUGGCACGUAUGAUGAGGUCCCGGACCUUAUGUUGAUCCGCACCUUACCGACAUCCAUCCUGAAAGUAUUGCGAGACACUUUUCUGCACUGUAAGGAGAGUGAGGUGGUCUACUGUGGCCGUCUUUCUUUGGUGGCUGACCUGCUGCAGAGCCUGUUCAGGGAGGCCUUCGCCCUACAGAAGGCCCUUUUGGACCUCCUGGACAGGCUUUCCAUUGAUAGCAGUGCCUCUGAAGAAGAGGUCUCCGAUAUCGUCACAGUAAUUCACAGCCUUUUGGACAUUUGCUCGAUCAUCUCGAACCUGGACAUGGCGCUGCACGCUAACACGUGGAAGUUCCUCAUCAAACAGAGUCUGAAAUACCAGUCACUGGUGGAGGACCAUCUCCAUCAUGGUGACAUCACUUCCAGCCUGUGUGACAACCUGCUGGCUUCCUUUCACAAUGCUGUGGAUAUGGCAGCGCAGAUAAAGCACUCCGCUCUCCAGGACGCAACAGAGAGCGCAGAACACAAGCUGUUCCAGAAAACGGCAAAGAUGUGCAGAUUUUUUGCCAACACUCUUGUUCAUUACGUAAAGGAAUUCAAACCUUUCUUAACGAAGUCUUGCAAGAUCUUUUAUGAAACGUACCUCCAGAUUAACAGUAAAUUCCCUCCAAGCUUGUGCGCGCCAGAGUUACCGCCGUCUCUUUCCGAGGAACUGAACGCGGUGGCCGUCGUUCCACUGGAUGCGCUGCUUUUUCAGCUGCUACCUCUCAGAGCUUUUGCUGAUGUCGUUCUGCAGGACGAAUUGCACUUAAGUCCACAGCACGAGCUUCCUCAGUGUCUUUUGCUGACAAAAGUGCUGGAUCAGUUGGCCUCCCAGUCUGAGGAUGUGGUGUCUCUUUGGCACUCUGGCAGUCAGUUUUCAGAGGAAACACCCAGGCUUCCUCUCUACCAGGCAGUGUUCCGUAGUUUUCGGUGUUGCUAUGUCGAGCGCAAGGUGCCAGUGAUGCUGCCGGGGGUGAUGACCAAAGGUCGGGCCCAAAGUCAAGUGUCUCUGCACCAUCACGUGUGUGUGCACCUCUGCGCCAGUGUCGCUGUGCUUCCUCCACAGUAUUUUCCCGUUUUGGAGCGGUGCUUAGUGACCGCCACGAUGCAGGCCGACACCCAGACUGCUCUGUUGGCCACAGACGUGUGGUGCUUCACUGCGCGGUAUGGAACAGCAGAACUUUGUCUUCAUCAUGCCCUUCUCAUCGCUCACUUGGUGAAAACCUGUUCGGCUGAAUGCUCCCAGAAGUGGCACCUGGGCCUGCUGCUCAGACGUAUGCUUUUCCUCAUGACGCCCAGCCAUCAGAUGGAAUUACUAGUGCGGUUCCCUCCAUCCGAAGCUGAGAACCUCCCAAUAUGGCGUCACGUCCUCCUCCGGUCUCUUUCUGAUGACGCCCGUCAACGUGUUGAGGCGGACGUUAUUGCCUUAGCUCAAAAAGCUUUGAGCGACUGGCAGAGUGGAGGCUACAAACUGGGCCAAGUGGGCAAAGUGAAUGCAGUGCUACAAUGCCUCCUUGUGGUGGUUCAAGAAAAGUCAAGUGAAGUGGAUCAGUGCUGCUCUGCGACAAGGAUAGUCACGCAGCUGUGGCGGAGAAUGACACCACAUCAGGUGCAGACCCAUCAAGUGCUGCGCUCCACUCUGCAGCUCCUCUUGUCAAUAACAGCAGUUUUAGUCCAAAACAUGGAACCGGAAGUCAUCAUUCAGGCACUGGUGUGUGUGGAUGUCGUCGUCCCUCAGAAGUGUCAAGAUGAGCUGUUACUGGCUGCCCUAGAGUUCCUUUCAUCAAUGGGGAAGGUUUUUAUCCCUCCCGACAGCCAGAGUGAAAUCUUGCCCAGGUUGAGCAACUUGUUCAGAACGCUGUUAGCGCAAAAUUCCUCCUGGUUAGUCGAGCAACACACUUUGGAGGCUUUCGCUCAUUUUGUAGAGAAAACACACCACCAGGAGGUCAUUUCACACAGUUUGUGUGAGGAAGAAACUAAAAGCAAGGUGGUGAAUUUCCUGAGCAAGACUGUUAAUACACCAGAAGAAGUCAAGAAGGCACGGGUAGAAAGAAUCGAAGCGGAGAAGACCGUUUUACAGCAACACAAUUGUGCGCUCGAGUCCCCAAAACAGGUUUCCGUGGAAAUUUCUGAUCAAUCUGUGACUUACUCAGAGCCGCAGGCCAAAAGAGCCCGGCAGGAGAGUUGCGACGACGACGACUACAGCCGCCUCACGCAGACGGCCGAAGGUGCGCUGAGAGCCCUCCAGGCGCUCGCUACGGUUAAAACAGACGCAGAGGAGACUUCUCCUCCUCCUUUGUGGCUGGCUGCCAGACUACAAGCGCUACAGAUGCUUAUAAGUGAAAUAAGCGCAACCAUGACCGCAAACUAGCCUGCAUGAUGUGGAAUUUUUUAUGUGUCACUCGUUACUGAUGAUGAUUAAAUAUCUCAAGAGAAAAAAGUUAUUUUCUUAAGUGCUUCAAUCAUUAAGGUAAGUAUUUCUUUCGGUCGGAGGAAUUUUUUGAGUGGUCAAGGUUGUAGCUGUCCCUUAGUUGAUGAAAAACGACGUAGUCUCGAGUGAUGCUCCAGUUUAUUUUUCUCUCCACUUGCGUUAGCACCUUGAGCACUGUGAAAACUAGACAGUUUUACAUUUAUCAUUAAUUUUGACUAAAUUUCACCCGAAUAUAGACCCUACUCACAUGACGUCACAACCUCGCCUCCAUCUAUGUUGUCCGUCCACUCGUCAUGUAUACGCAUUACCGCUACGUAAAUUCCUCCUAUUAUGGCGUGUUUUUCUGCUCGUUGACAUUAAUAUAAUGGUGAAGGCGUGUGUGGCGGUUUGUUGCAGUAACAGAGAAGAUAGACGGAGAGACUUGAAGUUUUACCGUAUUCCGAGAGACCCGGAGAGGAGAGCGAGAUGGACUGCUGCAAUUCCACGAGAAAACUGGGCACCAAACGAUCACCACAGAUUAUGUAGUAGUCAUUUUAAAUCUGGUAAGAUGCAUUUAAUAUAUAUUUAGAGGGUUUUGGGCUGACAACCACAAUUAAGAUCAUUGCGAGGCUAAACACCGACAACAUACAGUUUCAAAUUCAAGAUGCUGAUUUCUUCCACCAUCAUUACAUUUUGAAUAAUAUUUAGCUGGUACCAAGUGAAAGAAAAACAGGUGUGUCCAAACCUUUUGCAAAGGGGGCCAGAUUUGGUGUGGUAAAAAUGCGGGGGGCUACCUUGGCUGAUUUACAUAGAACAAUAAACAAAUUUUAGCAAGCCCUUCUGUGUGUCACAUUUGCUUUAUUAUUUUUUUAAAUUCAUAAUUUCAACAGUCUCGUCUUUGUGGCUUUCUCUUUCGACACUCGGCCUCUUGCGAAAUACUGCUGCUGUGAAAUUAAGAUAGCUUCAAGUUGCUAUAAUUUCUCGCUGCGUAUCUUCCCAGUAAUAUUGUCGUACAUGUCAGCGUGUCUUGUUCGGUAAUAUUAUCGCGUCACAUCGAACUUUUUGAAAACAGACUGUCUCUUUGCAAAUGAGGCAGACACAGUUGUUACGUGUUUUAUUGAAGAAAUAGUCCAAUAUCCACGUAUCCUUGAAGCGUCGGCCAUCGCAGUCAACUUUUUUUUUUUGAUUGUCGCCAUUUUAGAAAUCACACGUGGUAAUGUUGCUUAGAGUGCUGCUUUUAAAGUUUUUCAAACUUUCGUGAGAAUAGGCUGAUUUUGUGUGGACAAGAUAGUUGUAGAUAUCAGGGUAGCAGAUGUCAGGCAGAGACGGCGAAGACAGCGGGUUGAAAAAUAUCGAUUUUUGGCAUCAAAUAUGGAUCUGGCGAAUGGAUAGACUGAAGCUUUUCCACAUAUCCCCUUUUAUGCAACGCAUCCAAUGAGUUUACAGCGUCUGAAAGCACCGGGGCUUCCAUGAAUUGCUCCAUAAACUGAACGACUAAUUGAAACCAUUGAGAAUAGGGCUAAACAGAGACGGACAAUAUGGCGGCCGGAUACAGCGACACGUCAUUCUGUGACGGUGGUGAGUAGGGUCUGUAGGCAGACUAUCUCAUUCAUGAUAUUAUAUAAUGAAAGGGAAAUAAGAUGCACGUUAGGGCUUGUGCCAGUGCAUGGUGUCCUAUGGGGCCACCCCAAAAAAUUCUUCGGACCUUGACGAUCACCCAAAUGACCUUGACCAAACACCCAAGUAAAAAAAUUGAUGCAAAACCAAAUGGUCGGUUCAUAUUUCGAGUAUGUCCAUUGUAUAGGAAUUCUUGGGUGAAUUUUUGAUGUUUUUGUUGACCAUAUCUGUCUCGAUGCUCUACCCGUCAAAUUAGUAUAGCUGUCGGAAUUCUAUGCCCGUCAGACUACCAAACACCCCCCCCAAAAAAUUGAUGUCAUAUUUUGAGUAUGUCCACUAUAU